UCCGGCGCUCUCUUUCCUGGUCCCCACGGGCGAUGGCAUCAGGUGGCUGGCGCUGGCUGCGCGGCCUAUGGGCAGCGGGGCAGCCUAUGUUCCAAGGCCGCGCGCUGCUCGUUACCAACACUCUGGGUUGCGGCGUUCUCAUGGCGGCUGGGGACGGCGCACGCCAGUCCUGGGAGAUCCGCGCCCGGCCCGGCCAGAAAUUCGACCCACGGCGCUCAGCGAGCAUGUUUGCCGUGGGCUGCAGCAUGGGCCCCUUCCUACACUACUGGUAUCUGUGGCUGGACCGCCUGUUCCCUGCGUCUGGCCUCCGUGGGCUUCCAAACAUCCUCAGGAAGGUCCUCAUCGACCAGCUGGUGGCUUCUCCCCUGCUGGGUGUCUGGUACUUCUUGGGUCUUGGCAGCCUAGAGGGCCAGUCCCUGGAAGAGAGCUGCCAGGAGCUGCGGGACAAGUUCUGGGAAUUCUACAAGACUGACUGGUGUGUGUGGCCUGCUGCACAGCUGGUGAACUUCCUCUUUGUGCCACCUCAAUUCCGUGUCACCUAUAUCAAUGGCCUGACACUGGGCUGGGACACGUACCUCUCCUACCUGAAGUACCGGGACCUCGGCCAGGUCCCUGCGGCAUCUUUUCGGCGAAGCUGACCCCAGACAGGCGGAGGGCUUGGUGAGAAGCCUGAAGGGACGAAUGAGGAAUGUGACCAGACUCUCCUGUGCGGACAGAUCCCAGGCCCCCUGGCGCCACCAGCGUGAGUGGCGCUGUGCGGACUGACUCCCAGCUGACCGCACACCCGGGCAGCACGGGGACCGGGCCCAUGGCAGGCCCAGGUCCUGGGCCGAGUCCCAGUCCCAACCUCACUCCUAGGCAUCUGGGUGGGCUGCUCCUUCCAAGCCCACUACCAGGCCUUAGUUUCCCCGUCUGGAACACAACCGUGAACACAUACAGUCAUCCCUUCUCCCUGGGAGCCUCUGUAGCCAGGAUGUCCCAUCCUGAGCACCAGGCCCCAGCCCUCAGCACUACCGUGGGUUGGGCUCUGAGCCCUGGAAGAAAGGUGGGGACAUCGCCUGUCUGCUCUGAGCGGGGCUUGGCCUGGAGCUGGCCCCCCGGGAUCUGGAGCUUUAGGCAGGGCCAGGCAGCACUAGGGUCACGUUCUGGUCGUGGGCUGUGGACACUUCAUUAAAUUCUCUCUGUAACAGAAUAUCUCAUGGAUGGCCGCAGCCAGCGCCGGCAGGCAGCACUCACAGACACAGCGUCGUCCAUUUGUU